AUGUCCGGUCCCCAUCUCUCCAAUGAUGAGUUCUUCGCCGCCCUAAAAGCACUCCUAACAACCCAAUCCACAAAAGCGCGCGGCUCCAUAUUCCUCACACAAAAGCGGCUACCUAUCAGCACAACCACCGCCACUGCCUCCCCCUCCCCUACACAGUCAGAAGAUACCACAGCAGCCCUACCGUCGACAUCACCAGUACCCGCACCCAUGCCCGUCCUCGUCCGCGCCACAAACGGACGACACAAAGGGGCCAAGUCGAAGGUGUCGACGAUCAUUCAGCCGGAUGAUAUUGAGGGGUUCUUUGUGAAAUAUGCCGAGAUCUGCAAGUUAGGGAUGGUGGGGAUGAAGAAGAGGGAUCGGAGUGGGAAGAAGAAGGCGAAGGGAAAGGGUGGGAAGGGAAAGGCGUAG